UGGCAACAUGCACCGCGCGUCCGAGCCGUACGUGCUGCGAAUUGCAUCCGUGCGUGAUGUAGAUGGAAGGACGUUCCCGGUCUAUGUCAUGGACGGCACUGGCGAUCAACGGAUGAAGGUGACGAUUGUGUCGGUCUCGACACGAACCGAGCACGUCCUGCACGUGCCAGAGACCGCUGUGUCCAUCCUGGCGUCGGCGGCGAAGUGCGAUGUCACGUCAGAUAGCUUUAAAGAGUUUCUCGUUGGCCACAUUUGCCUUCGAAAAGAUGAGCGAACCACCAAGGAUACGUUCGUGCUUGGCCAAACAAGAUUCGUGGAGAGGCCCUUCGACGCCACCCACCUUCUGGUAUCGGAUGUUGCGGAGACAAUGCCCCGCCGAAUGGUGGCCGACUUGAGCGAAGUCCUUCGCCAGCUCAGCGACCAGCGAUGUUUUCAAGAACGGCAGAUCUGGAGCAACCAGCAACUGUUUGACGCGAUAGUGAACGGGUUCGAGCAGCUGCACCUCCUCGCCACACACUGCAUGCAACAGGAGGCAGUCGUGGCCAAGUUAGUGAAGGAUGUGGACAAGUGGAAGGCUGCGGCGAUCGAGCGAACUCGGCGAACCGACUCCGCGCUGCACGAGCACCAGCGGACAUUGGAUCAGUUGGAAAGUUUUGCCAUGUCCACGCAGCAAACGAUCCGAACAUUGGAUAGCCAAAUCCACGAUCACUCGACGGCUAUGACUGCAAUGCGGCAAGACCUGGAGAGCGCAUGGAAGAUGCGGCAACAGACGAUGGAAUUGGAGGCCGAGCGAUCUCGGAAGGAGUGGAGUGACUUUCGCAUGGACAACAAGCGCCACAUGGAACGGAUCAAAGAUGCGUUUAGCUUGCUCAACGAAGCGCAAUCCAGGACGUCCAAGCACGUGACGAAUGUCGCUGGCGAAGUCAGCGAGUUAGGUCGUUUUAAGGAGCACGUCGCUCACAAUGGCCAACUGCUUGCCGAAGUCCGGCAAGCCUACGUUGAGGUAAGUCACCAUCCGUUCGUCAAGGAUCAUGGGCACUGCGUGAAGGAGUUAAUGCGGUAGCUCCUGCCGAAGGUGCAUGACAUGUACGUCCUUGAAAGGAAGCGGCAAGCCAUAGCGGCCGUGCAGACCUUGUCCCAUGUUGAUGCACCACAGUCGAAGGAGGAUAUGCUUGUACACUUCUUACACUAAAUAGGCCCUAUUCUUGGAUUUCAAUUAGUGUAAGGUCUUUUAUUGGCAUCAAUGUAGUUCUGGGUCGGCAAAAC